AUGCACAUGCUCAUCUUCGCCCACCUCAUCCUCGUCCAACUGGGCGUCACCGCGACGCGCAGUCCACUCAAGCGAGAACUAGACAAAGUCGUCUGCCGCAUCCCGGGCUACGACCACGCCAACAAGGGCACCAUCGAGGACGGCAUCGCCUACCUCCGGGGCCACGACCCGCAGGAGGUGGACCUCUGCCACCAGCCGGGCGGCGGCUGCUGCGCGCGCGUCAGCUGCGACAAGAGCGCCGCCAUCUACGUGUGCAACGACGACCCUGACCAUGACAAGACCGUCGGCCUCUCGGACGUCGCGGACCGCGCGCAGAAGAUCCUUGACACCGAGGGCUGCGUCUGGCACCCGAGCACGAGCCAUGUGGUGCAGGGCCAGGCGUUUGAUGAUGGCUGGUGGAAUGUGAUCGUUGGCAUCAAGAACGGUGAUUCUUGUUCGUCGGGUUGGUGA